GUCAUAAAAUUCAUUUUUAUCAAAGAAUUGGAACCAUUGAAGGUUUCACAGUUUAUAAAUUAUAUUUAGACACAAUGUAUUUUCAUUUCACUUUUAUAUUUAUUUUGGUUUUCAAUUUUAAAUAUGUUUAUUGCAGAUUGGCGUCUAUGCAUCCCGUUUUGGUGGCACGUUCGUCGCUUGAUUGGAUGCCAAGUAGAGUAAACUCAUUGUAUUCAGAUGUUGGCGCUUGGAGUGGAAAGUUUAGACCAGUAAUGGAUGAAAUAGAAUCGGAUGAAGCCCUAAGGUUUUAUCAAUUCUUGAACUAUUUGGACGGAGGCAGUUUUGGAACUGGUCCUAUUGAUGAGUUUGUGGCGGCCAUGAACCGGCUUUCUAAUUACAUGAAACAGCAGAACAGCAGGGAAACACAGGCGAGAGGCAUGCGCGAGCUUGAGGCUAUAAACGGAGAAAAGGGCAAUAGUAUUAAGACAGUCCUGGAAAUAAGUUCGGUGAUAAUGAGAAAGAAGAGGAAGUUUUUCUGCACGAGUGAAGUAAAGGAACCCAUUGUGAACAAUAAAGUUAUUUGCAAGGAUCGCAUUUUAUUGCCAAUCGCGGGGACCUCUUGCCGGGACGCCAUCAUGUACUGGCAUCCUGACUUGACUGAAGAGCAUUAUUGUGUUGGGGCCCUGGAAUCGAAGAGUGCGGUUCACAUUAUGGAUAUAGAAGGUGAAUUCUUCUGCAAAGGGGAUGACUAUUCAAAACGAGAGUAUUUACUUGCCUGUGAAUUUUAUGAAGAUCAAGAAGCUCCCGUGGCUGAUCUACUGCAGUACUACCCGGACCCUGAUCCUGAAAUCAACCCGAAAUUGUUCUAACUCAUAGACAUAAAACUACUAAUUUGUCGUUCAUGUCAUACCUAUAAAUAUCCAAAUAAAAUGAAUGCAACAAAA